GGAGUACCCACUUGUGUGCUCAUACUUGUGCCACGGGCUAGUUAUCUGCUUGUGUAACUUACACAAGGAGAGCCGUGGAAGGUGGCAUGAUCAAGCAUGUCCUGCACUCAUGCAUUUCCAGGUCACCAGCAAAUGGCCUGUUCACAUUCUCACCUGUGCCAGGUCCAGCGUUCAAUUAUUAGAAGAGGCACUGUUAAAAUGCUGUAACCCCAGAUCCAAGAUGUGUCGAGGAGGAGUUUGAAGAAUUCUCCCCUGUUAUUUUCUCUUUGUGUGAAGAAUAUGCCGAUGCGAUUUGCAACCCAGAUUUGGUUUUGUAGAUGCAAAGCUCCAAACGCUUGUCAGAAACACGGUUGCGGUUCCAGGCCGUAGGUGAACUGGGGGAGGAGGAUGGGUUUAGACUUGGCUCAGUACAAUGCAACACAAAGUAAUAUUACAGCAACUUGCAAAGAAGGCCGCGUGGACAGCCUGCCCAUGAUCGCCAGUAAGGUUAUUGGGUUGUGGGUGACCUCCGUUUCACACUGUACAGGAGAGGCCGCAGACACAAGAGCCGGAGCUCUUCAUUGGAAGUCUACAUGAAGCAUUUAAAAAAAUUUAUUGUGCAGGUGUGGUGAAAAUGUGGUGGAAAUGUUGAAUGAUUGUGUGCGGCUUGUGGUUGGCUCUCAACAUCCAGUGUCAGUUUUGCAUGAAAAGGUUGAUUCACGUCCAUGCACAGCGUUGAUAGGUGUUGGGUCGCUCGAUGGGCCCUUAUGACAGCGAUGAGUAAUUGUGAGUAAAUCCUUCCAUCGGAGCCGGCGAUUUGUGGAUAUUCCGACAGCUUUUCUGAAUGCUUGCGUAGUUUGUCUGAUGGGCGUAGGUGCCAGGAGUUUCGCUGGAGAUUUUCUGUCGCUUUUAUUACUGCAAGGUAGCCUGAAAUUUGAGGGGAUAAUGUGGCACUCGUAACAGAUUAGGGGGUGCCGACGGGAAGGAUCUGCACCCACUAAUAAUUAGUAUCCUUUGAAGCGUCUUUCAAUAUUUAGAUUAAUCUUAAAUGUGCAGUAUGACAAAGAAGCGUACCACUAAAAGUCGGCUGGAUUACUACCGCAUUGCCAACACUCAGAAAAUUAUCAAACCUGGAGAUACGGUGACUUUGCGGCCACCAGAUCUCACCACACCCCCGUAUGUGGCAAGGAUUGAACUCAUUGAGCUUGACGCGGCAGAGAAAAUAACGCUGAAAGUGCGUUGGUACUAUCGACCUGAAGAGUCGGCAGGUGGGCGUAGGCAAUUUCAUGGCUCAAAAGAGCUUUUUCUUUCUGACCACUACGACGUUUGCAGCCCCGAGGCCGUAGAAAACAAGUGCACUAUCCACACUUUCAAAGAUUACACACGCCUGGAGGAUGUAGGAACAGAUGAUUAUUUCUGCCGAUUCGAUUACAAUGCUAGAUCUGGGACAUUUUCGCCAGAUCGUGUUGCCGUGUAUUGUAAGUGUGAGAUGCCCUACAAUCCCGAUGAUUUAAUGGUUCAAUGCGAGAACUGUAAAGACUGGUUUCAUCCGAAAUGUGUAAUGCUUUCUUCCGAAGACAUAAAAAAUGUCAAGAACUUUCAUUGCCCUGACUGUAUCAAUAGUUGAGGCCAGUCAUCAUCAAUAUAGCAAUUUACUGCUAAUCGUUAACCUCGAUUUUUAUUGGUAGUAGGGAGCAAGACUUGGAUCCAUUUACACCAAGUAGUAGGACUCAAGAUUUCAAAUGAGGGAGAGAUGAAUCCUGUCUUAUGAAUGUGUCAGAGAUUAUGAAUGGUUUCAGUCCAUCUCUGCGGCAGGCCAAGCUUAUAGAAAUUGAUUUUUCCUGCUGAGAUGAAAUAGGUCUAGUCGUUGCUACCUCAGUUUCUUUCUUUCCAGACUGGGAGGGGAUAUUUGCAGUAUCAUGGAAAGUUGAAGAAGAUGCUCGUGCGCAAUUGAAAAUGCAUAUGAGUUUAGCCCCGUCGUAGAAGUCCAAUUUGGCCAUCCGUCGACUGUGCCAUUUAAUAUUUGAUUGCAAUAAUUUUUCAACAGAAAUUAAGCUACCUAAUUUGCAUUUUAA